AGAGCCACGGCUGCACUCAGAUGUAAACACUGGUUGGGGGGGCUGCAGGGAGGGCCCUUUGCCUCCUUCGUCCUUUUUUUUUCGUUUUAUGAGGAAUCGUGUGUCCCAUAAUAAUAUAUUUCGUAUCAUAGAGGUGUUGUGUGUAUAUAGGUUGUGGCAGUGUAGGAAAUGCUGCGGGUAGAGGACGAGUACACCUGUUGCUGAGAGUGGUUCCUCCGUCUAAGGAAAAGACGUGCACAUGGUAACUUGAAGAUGGAGCAGGAAGACGAGAAUAUCUCCCUUCUGCUCAACAUGGGGUUCCCUGACGUGCGCGCCAUUAAGAGGGCACUCAAGUUGAGUAAUGGAGACGUGAACGAGGCGGUGACGUUCCUGACGGAGCAGCCUCUUUCCUCCUACAGCACCGUGGACGAUCUCAGGGAUGUUGAGAUGGCCGACCCUGCUCUCCGGCCUCCCUCUUAUGACGAGGCUGGUGGAAUAGAUGGCAGCAGUAUGGAGUUCCCAACCACCAACCUUUAUGAGUUAGAGAGCCGCGUUUUCACUGAUGCCUGGUCAAUUCCUUAUAAGAGGGAUGAAUCUCUCGGCAAGUGUCUGAUAUCAGCAGCUAGACUUGCUGAAGAAGGUCUGUGUGAUGCUGAUGAGUCUUGUCAGCGGUUCAUGGAGCGCUGUCUGCCAGAGUGUUUCCACAAGCUGCUGAACAAUGGUGCUGUAAGGCGCUGGGGGAUGGAAAUACAAGAAGGGGUGUUUAACAUGCUCGAUUUGCUCACAAAUCUCGUCAUUGUUCGCCUCAAACAUGGACCGGUCCCAGAAACUCUGCUCAAAAAUGUCUAUGCUCUUGCAUUGGACUCUGAGUGUGAAUGGAACCAAAAGAACAAAAGCCGCCCAGCAGCGUUCACUGGAGAUACUAUCUAUGCAAAAUCUACCUCACAAUUUGAAAUGUAUGGAUGGCUCAUGGACCUCAUCAACAUGUUUGGAAGUCGAGGAGGUUUUGAGCUUGUGGGAAACCGCUUUACUAGUGGGGAAGACCUGGAUGCUGGCCAGAUGGCAGCAUUACUCCUUCCCUUAGGCCAGUGUGUAAAGUUCCUGGUGAAGGAUGUGGUGUGUCCUGUCCUCCUGCCAGCAGUGAACCAGGCUCUCCAGUAUGUUGCCAGCCUUGAGGAGAUACAGCUCAGAGGCCAAAAGAUCAGCUCAUGCUAUGACCUUCUAGAAGCUGUUCAACUGUUAUGUGCAAGUCUGUGGCCUGAGAAAGUUCAACGCACAAGUGAUCUUAGGUUGGAAAUGAUCAUUCGAAUGCUCAAAACUCCCCACUUCUCAGCACGUAUGAAUGCUCUGAAGGAACUUGGAAGACUGAUUGAGGACAGUAAGAAAGGUCGAAGUAAUGUCAUUGAUACAGACAUUAUUCAAGAAUGGAUGACAAGCAAGCGAGUUUUAUCACUUGCACUUGAAGGUAACAUUGAUCAAGUGCAAUACACAGACCGCAUGAAAGAACUGGUGGAGUUCAUGGGUCCAAAGCUGCAGCAGGAGGAGCUGUCUCGCAUCUGGCACAUGGCAGAUAAGGCCAGUCCUCAUGUGGUGGACAACAUCCAUCGGAUCAUGGCUGCAGCAGCAACACGCUUCAAUCCUCAGCAGUUUGAUUUCUUGUUGGGUCUUGUUAGGAAGAGUUGGGAUGGUGGAAAUGAUCGCCUUCGGGAAAAGCUUCUCUCUUUCAUAGGAAAGAUUGGUCAAGACUCAAGACUUGGUCAGACAGCUGUCAAGAUGUUGGAUGCUUUAUGGGAGUUAGCUCGGGUGCCAGCUCUACCACCCAAGUUGGUACAUCAGGCCAUGAAUGAACAUCUUACAAUACUCAAUGAAUCAGCAACAAGAGACCAGCUCCGUAAAACAUAUAUUGUCCGUUGCGUCGAGGACAUAAAAAGAAGUCCUGCAGUUUAUCUUCCAUUGAAACAGCUACACUACUUGGCUCAGUCUAUUACAAAAGGAGGAGCAUCUUAUUUCAAGACUGAAAAGGCUACUCUGUCUGAACUUAAUCGGAGUCAUGAAAUUGUAAAGCUGAUCACUGCAAGCCUGUCCAAGUGUCAUGCUCUAGCUGUGUCCACCUGUGGCAACCAACCACCUUCUCCAGACACCCUGAUUGAUGGCAAAUAUACUCAUGAUCAUUACUUAAAAGUUCACUUGGAGUUCCUUCAAUUUCUGCUGAAGGAGGGAGACAUUUAUUUGGCAUGGCCUCGGUGCAAAGACAUUUGGGAUACACUGGUGGCCAACCUCAAGGCAUCGGCCUAUGAUAAAGAGGUUUGCUUUGCAUGGUUCAGUGGGUGCCUGGGUGACCUUGAGAGCACCACUCAGCGGGAUCUCUUCUGUGACAAGCUGCUGCGGCUGGAUCCAGUUACUCUCACCCGACCUGCUUUCACCUGUAUUGUCGAUUAUUUUCAUGUCGUCAACCUCAAUGAUCAUAAGUUGAUUCGCAAUGGAAAUAUGAUUAUUGUUGACAAACUGGAACCUCUGGGGCUUGAGUUCUUCUGGCAACUGGUACUUGAGUGCCAGGACGAAUAUCUGGCUGAGGAUGCUAUGAAGCUCCUUUUGGAUAUGAGCUACAUGAGUCUGUCAGUACGGCUGAAGCGUGACCCAGCACAGCUUCAUGCACGUUUUGUCACAGAAUGUUACAGAAAGCUAGAGAAACUGAUGCUUCAUGUAAAUGAGACUGCCUUGGGUGCUGCUGUGUCCACUGCCACAAAGACCUUGACUGCCAUGGCUGUUUCAGAACUAGGAGGACUUUCUCCUUCAUCAAGAAACAGCUGUAUCCAGCAUAUCCGCCGGGUGUUAGUGUUGGCAGAACGCUACAUUUGUAGCAUUGAGGAGCAGCAUCCCAGUCCUCGCUAUCUCCCUCCACACGGCUCCUCUUUCACAGGCACGCCGGUCAUACUCUAUGUUACCUGUGACUCUAUUAGAAUGGAUGUCACUCUGGAGUGCCAUAGCAAUGAGCGUCUUGGUGUGGUGCGAAGCAAAAUAGGCAGCUGUGCUCGUGUUCCUAUUGAGCAGGUGCAGAACCUUUCAUUUGGGGAAGGCAGUAACAGCUUUCAUGUGACUGGUGGAGAACAGGAUAACAGACUCCUCCACAGUAUAGGGGUGCUUACCAACACAACUGUCACUGCCAAGAUCAGUUCAAGUGGUGCACAGCUCAAGGAGGUUGGUGACAAUUGGUGGGAUGAGCUGCCUGGCACUGUAAGCUAUUGUGAUAGUGCAGAAACAGGAGCACUUGAUGACAGUGCAGGUGCAUCAGGAGGAGGUGCUGGUCCUCUCAGGCAUGGAGCAGGAUCAUCUGCAGCAGCUGUGGCUGAUGGACUUGGACACAACUUAGAUCAAGAAAAGCAGCUACCUGGGGUUGUAAUGGCAAGCCAGGGACAGAAUUUUUUCUCCUUGCUGUAUCAGCUUGCUCAGUUAGAUGAUUCAAGAAUUGUUGAUGCAGUUCGAAGAGUUUUGUACCUGGUACCGACUGACCACAGUGUGGCAGAUAGAUUUGAUUCCAUAAACAGUGUUGGAAUGUCUGCAUCAGAAGCUAGUCCAAGAACAACACCAUACGGCUCCCCUGCCAAGAGGGAUAAAAUUCGAGAUCGUGAAAAAGAAAGAGAGGCUGGAAGAGAAACUUUACGGUCUUUAUUGGAUCCAAGUGCCAGUGACAUGACACCAUUUAGACUUCUGUACAAUGUUGAGGUGUUAUCUGGAAAAAUUAUGCCCAUAUCAAUGGAAGGCACCAUGAAUGACAGUGCCCGUUUCUGUGAAGAGUUCCUUAUGUGUGGGGGCCUGAACCUGAUCACCAUGCUGCUCCAUAAAGAUUCUCUCCCUCAAGAAGUGGACUAUGAAAUUCGUCAGAACAUUUAUUUGAUAGUCUUGCAGAUACUAAAAUUUCUAGUGUGUGGCUCCAUCCCUAAAGGCCAAGAGCUUCCCAUCUCUGGAGUUCAGCCAGUUCCAGGACCUGCUAAGCGGUCAGCACUAGACUCCUCUACUCAAACCACCCCACCACCCCAUGUUCACUCGUCCCUGACACCAAUCAUUGCCAACCGGGUAGUUCUAGGAUUUAGUGAAGAGGAAUGGAGUGAGAUGGUUUCCUGUUUGAUGCGGGUGUCAUGGGCGGGGGCAGCUGGAAGGCUGUACCUCCCUUCAGCAACCAUCACUAUGACAGAGCCAGCUGUCUCCCCUCCUGAUAAUAGCAAAUCAUCCAGGCAAAGUAGUACAGGCAGUGUUCACAGUUCUAGUAGUGAGAGUGAGACAGUGUUGCAUGGAGGAGUAUGUGUGCAACAGGCGACCAUCUCUCCGACUGACUCACUCAUUGCCUCACAAGCCCUACAGCUUUUGAUAGCCUUUCUCAAGUUCCGUCCACAGCUAAUAGAUCAAUGGUAUGGUAUGUUGAGUGUAAAAGACUUCAUCAUUGAGAUUUUGGUGGGGUGCAGCAGUGAGGAGGUGAGGGAGGUGGCUUACCACCAGUUUACCAGCCUCAUCAACAUGACAACCCCAGCUGAACUCAGCCUAAAGAAGUUUCUCACUCAGGUUCAGGAUUUUUUUCUUUUUUUUUUUACAUUGUAUUAUGAAAAAUAUUUGGAAGUAGUGGUGUGCAUUGUGAGGCUCCUUGGUGUAUGUUGGAGCUUUGUAUUAUCUUCAUUUUAUUAUCUUUGUGAAAUAUGGACCAUUGUCUGUGGAAAAUAUUCAUGGUAG